CCGCGGGGUUUCAUUUUGGGACCCGCACAAAACGCAGACAUGCUCCGAGGCCUCGCCGCCACCGCCGCCACCGCCGUCCCCUUCGCCGCCGCCACCGCCGUCCCCUUCGCCGCCGCCAUCGUGCCUUCGUUGCCGCGAUAAACUACCCGCGUCUCCGACCUAGACGACGUCGCCUCCUGGCCUUCGCCGACCUAGCCGUCUCCGACCUCCCCCCCCCCUCUCCGGCCUCGUCCCACCUCGUGCAAGUCGUCUUCGUCCCCGACCUCCUCCGUCGUCCUCUUCUUCGACCCGCACUCAGAUGGAGGACGUUGAUGGAGUAGCGACACAAGAAAGGGUUAAGAAGAUCAAUGCAUCAGAGUGGUCAUGGCGCAAGAGACUUUACAAACAGUGCAACAUAGCCCCAGAUGUGAUGGACCAAGAGGAUCGUGACAUAUGCGAGUUCUGCGCUGUAAUAUCUGCAGCCAUUAUGGAGCUGAAACGAGCCACUGCGAACGUGACGCCUGGAGCAGAAUGCUGUUAUAAGCUUGAUAUGGAGUCACUAAUCCGGACGUACCUUGAGCUGAAUGGAAUGGAUCCACUUGCCGAGAAGGAGGUGGUGGAGGCAAUGGAGAAGCAUAUCCUUACGAACGGGAAUGACAUCUAUGGAAGGCAUGAUGGUGUCUGCUGGUGUUUCAAAAAUGUUGGGGUGAAAGCAACCUUGAACGGCAACAAGCUUCCGUUUAAGCUGGGGAUUGAUGAUUAUAAGUUUUCUUUUGAGCUGAGUGCUAAGGAGGUCUGGAAGCGUGUCGAAUCGGGAAGAGCUGUUUUGGCGACGGUGUUUGCGGGAGAAGAGUUCGAUGAGCUUCAGGCAGACGAGAUAUAUGCCUGGUUUCCAAAGUAUGAUUGCGAAAAGAAGGAUUGGGUGAAAAAACCUCAGCCCCACCGAGUAGUGCUGAUAGGCAAUGGGGACGCAGGUUCAGACCUGCUGUACCAGUACCAUCCAUUCUGUAAUUCCCAUGGCACAGACUUUGCAGAUGGAGGUGAUGGCUCUGUUUUCCACAGGGUGCUCAGGGGAUUUGGUCAGAUUGACAUAAAGGCGCAUCCGAACCGGCUAAUGGUUCCUCUGUCCCAGAUAAGUGAGCGCCCCCGUUUAAGACAGCGCCGUCCAGAUGUUGCCCCAACUCCCCCGCCUCCCCCACCUCCCCCUCCGUCCAACUUGACACGGUGGCGUGCUGAUGGCCCUGGCCUCACUCCACCAUGCCAGCCGUGGCAGUCUAUGAGAGGUGAUGGCCCUCACCGGGCUUCUCCAAGCGACCGCGUCAACAUCGACAAGGAGACUCCACCGAGCCAGCUGUGUCAGCCUAUGGGACGUGAUGACCCUCGCUGGGCUUCUCCAAGUGACCGCGUCAACACCAACAAGGUGACUCCAUCACGUGAGCCAUGGCGGCCUACGAGAGUUGAUGACUCUCGCUGGGCUUCUCCAAGCGACCGCGUCAACAUCGACAAAGUGGCUCCAUCACGCGAGCCAUGGCUGCCUAAGAGACGUGAUGAUCCACACUGGGCUUCUCCUCCGCGUGACCGCCCCAACAUCGACAAGGCAAGGUGGAAGGACUAGGCUUCUGAUGUUUCUUCUGCCCUAUACAUUGGAUGGUUUCCAUUUUUUCUCUUAGUGAGUUGAUGUAGACGCUGCCUUCAAGUCCCUGGGUGCACUAGUUUAUGAAUUUUCCUGCUGCUUGUAGUCCCUUGGUGCACCAGUUUCUCCGUUUUCCUGCUGCACUGAGAAAUGGAGCUGAAAUAGAAUUAUAUAUCGUGCUGCAAAAUUCAAGUGAAGGGGUGACUGAAGCAUUGCCUCUUAUUGUAAAGAGGACUCAUUGUUUAUCGAUGCCCUUGCACAAGCUAUUUAAUUUCUUCUCGCUCCUUGGAGCAGAUAUAUUCGGGUUGAGUUACCUAAAACCAUGCAGGAAUACCCGCUUGUUAUGUUUGUUGUAAGGUCUUGUCUUGUGACUCGUAGAAUGUUAACCUGAUUGCUGCAUACUACUAUCAGCAAUUUGUGGAAUUAAAUCUCCUGUUGAGUUA